GCGUGUGAAGUGCUGGUCGGACUUAAAAUCUCUCAUCGAGCGAAAAUAUCACCGAAAUAUUAUCGCCAAGUCGCGCCUCAAAGCAAACGAGAAGGUUUUCAGUGAUAUUUCGAAGCCGCAGCAUCAGUUUGAGCAAAUUCAAGUUUCGACGCGACCAAGCCCAUUUCUCGGAAUUCAACUUCCAUCGUUAGCCAUUUUGAUGAAUUCAAGGACAAACCGAAAAGGAGCGGAAUGACAAUUUUGGAGCCAAGUUCGGACCGUUCACUCAAACUUCGUGAAACGUCAUUCGGAUCUGACAUCCGCUGUCAAUGUCAUAAUUGACAUUAGACUUCAUUCUUCAACUUCGUUUGCAAUUGAACAUCAAAAUGAGAAGCAAGGAAAUAAAUAAACUAAAUGCGCAAAUCGCGUGGUGUAAAGGAUUUACAACCAAAAUAGAGAAACUUUUAAACGAACCGGACAAUCCUUUGGAUCAAGAAUCAGCAAUAAUCAGAUUAGAACAAACUGAAGCAAACUUUAAAAAAUACAAUGACUUGACUCUGGAGCUAGCCAUAUUAACAGAAAAGGAUUCAUCUGAAGACUUUGAAGACCACGAUGAACACGAGGAGAGAACCAUAAAAAUCAUCUCACGAUUACGGAGGAUAACCUCAAAAGCGCCCACAACCAAUACGUCGUCGGCAUCGUCGAAAACAAAAGUAGAAGAUACGGACGUAACCAGUCAUCAUGGUGGAGUGCGGUUGCCGGAGAUCGACAUCCCCACGUACGACGGGAAGGAUUACACAAAAUACGUCGCGUUCAUCGAGCUCUUCGACGCGAUAAUAGACUCCAGUGAAAAGUUAAAACAAGUGCAAAAACUAUACUACUUGAAAAAAUACCUGAAAGGUGAAGCAUUAGCGUUAAUUGAAGGUCUUCCAUUAACCUGCGAAUCAUAUGUUAAAGCCAGAGAGCUAAUUAAAUUGCGGUAUGACAAUAAAUUUCUGGUAAUAAACAAUCAUAUCCAAGCUAUAAUAGAUAGCACACCCAUUGUAAAAGGUUCUGCAAGCAACCUGCGGGACGUGGUAGCCAAUACUCGUCAGCAUCUAGGCGCCCUUAAGGCCCUAGGUCAGCCAACAGAGCAAUGGGACUUAAUUGUACUAACUAUUAUCUUAAAAAAGGUGGAUCAGUUUUCAUGCAGAGCCUAUCAUCAAGAAAGGGACAGUGACAAGAUGCCAAAUCUCGAAGACUUCUUGUCAUUUCUGGAGAGGAGAGCCAGCAGCUUUGAAGAAAGCCAACAAAGCGAAGACCGUGACCUACGGGCAAAAAAGUUCGAGUUUCCUGGCGACAAGAUGUCUAGAGGAGCUGGCGACAAGGUAUGAGGCAGAGCUUCCUAAAGCAGCAGAGGUGGUCCGCACUGCAAUGUAUGUGGAUGAUGCACUCUUCGGAGCAGACUCCAUCAAGGAUGCAUUGGAGGUAAGAGACCAAUUUACUAACUUGCUGUCUCAUGCAGAUUUCCAUCUGCACAAAUGGGCAGCCAAUGAUCCCGAACUGCUAACUGAUAUCUCUCCUGAAUCUUGCUAUGUUGAUGAUCACCAGCUCUCCAUGAAAACUGAUCUCAAAGCCUUAGGCAUGGUAUUCAAUCCCAAUCAAGAUGUUUUCAAAAUUAAUUAUCCCAACAAAGACAUACAACAUUGGGACAAGCGCUCAAUCCUCAGUUUCAUUGGGUCCUUUUUUGAUCCCUUAGGGCUGGCAGGGCCUAUAGUAGUUAGGGCAAAACAAUUUCUACAGGAUCUUUGGAGGCAAAAUUUGGACUGGACCUCUCCAAUACCAGAGGAAUUCUUAAGUAAAUGGAUUAAAUUUCACAAAGAAAUAUUGGAGAAGCCCACUAUACAAAUAAAAAGGCUAGUAAUGCCUACCAAGGAUCAAGUAGAAAUCAUAGGGUUUUGUGAUGCCUCGGCCAAAUCUUAUGGGGCAUGCAUAUAUGUAAGAACCUUUCAAAAUGGAAAGGCUACCAUGAACCUGCUAUGCAGCAAAUCAAAGAUAGCCCCGAUCAAAAAUGAACUCACAAUUCCAAAAUUAGAAUUGAAUGCAGCGGUGUUGCUUGCAAAAUUAUUUGACAAGUUAAAACAAAUUUUGAACAAUAUACUAAUAACUGAUGUAUACUUACUAUCUGACUCAAAGGUAACUUUGUGCUGGAUAAAGUCAAAAAAAGAAUUACCUGUUUAUGUCAAAAAUAGAGUACAGAUAAUACAUAAUUUAACUAGUAAUUGUAUUUGGAGCCAUAUUGGUGGAGCAACCAACCCGGCUGAUACCUUAUCUAGAGGCUGCAGUCCUCUUGACCUCGCAAAAAAUGACUUGUGGUGGCAUGGCCCAAGUGACUUUCUGGACUCUAACUACCAUCCCCAGCCAUUCACAGUCACAAACAGCACAGAAAACAUCAAUGAGACUGUCAGCAGUCAUCUGGCCUGUUUGAUUGCUACACCAAAUGAGCCAGAACUACUUAAAAAAUACUCAUCGUGGAUAAAGUUACAAAGAGUAGUUGCUUGGAUUCUGAGAUUCUAUAAUAAUUGUAAAAAUUCAAAUAAUAAAGCUAAUGGCAAUCUCUCUGUAAGUGAAAUCCAACAAUCUAAAUACAAAAUUGUAUCACUCUUGCAACAUGAGUAUUUUAAACAAGAAAUACACUGUAUAAAGAACAAGUUACCUAUUAAGAGUAAUUUAAAAAGUUUAGUUCCAUUUUUAGAUGCAAACAAUGUACUAAGAGUGACAGGAAGAUUGCAAAAUGCAAAUAUCACAUAUGCACAAAAGCAUCCAAUGAUUUUGCCCAAAAAAUGUUUUGUGACUAGUUUAAUAAUCCAAUAUGAGCACAAGUCCUUAUUACAUGGUGGUUUAAAAGAUACCAUGAGCAGUCUAGCUCAGACAUACUGGAUUAUUAACUGCAAUAAAGAAGUCUCUAAAAUAAUAGGAAAAUGUGUCACUUGCUAUAGAUUUAAAGCUCAAGCUGCUUCUCAGCUAAUGGGGUCUUUGCCCUUCAAUAGAGUAAAUGAGGCAAAAGUAUUCGAUGUUAUUGGUAUAGAUUAUUGUGGUCCUUUUAGCAUCAAACAAUCUUCAAUAAGAAGAAGCAUUGUCACAAAAGCUUAUGUCUGUGUAUUCGUGUGCUUUGCCACUAAAGCCAUCCACUUAGAAUUAGUCUCCGACAUGACCACCCCAGCCUUCAUUGCUGCAUUAAAAAGGUUCACAGCAAGGCGUGGAUAUCCAUCAAAAAUCUUUUGUGACAACGCCAAAACCUUUAUUGGAGCAGACAAUUCUCUUAAAGAACUUUCAAAUUUAAGCUCUAAAGACCAUCAAGAUUCUGUCAUAGACUAUGCAGUAUCAAAAAAUAUAGACUUUAAAUAUAUUCCUAGCUAUUCACCUACAUUUGGGGGCCUCUGGGAGGCAGCCGUGAAAAGCUCAAAAAAGCAUUUUAAGCGGGUCAUAGGUAACAGUUUAUUUACUUAUGAAGAAUUUAAUAGUAUCAUAGUGACCACAGAAGGGAUUCUUAACUCAAGACCAAUAACGCAAAUGUCUAGAGAUCCCACAGACUUUACAUACCUGACCCCGGGUCACUUUUUAAUUCAAAGACCAAUAAAUGCCAUUCCUGAGCCUGACAUAACAUCUAUACCUCAAAAUAGGUUACGCUUGUGGCGCCGUUGCGCACAAAUACAUCAACAUUUCUGGAAGGCUUGGCACAAACAAUAUUUAAGUCUAUUGAAUAACAGGCCUAAAUGGCAUAACUCACAACCUAACGUUGUAUUAGAUAACCUA